AUGGACCUGGACACCGACGAAGGCGACUCCGGUGUCGGCAUUAGCACCGGCAGCAACGGCAGCGGCAAUGCCAACGCCAUGGUGAAUGGGAUCCGUCAACCUGGCGUUCGCCGCCAAUCCCACUCACACCUCAAUGGGGGAGGAGGUCUCGGCAAGCAUAAUCACGGCAACGGAAACAAGCAUGCCAACGGCAAUGGAAACACGACGUCGAGCGCCAAGGGAACCGGGAAUGGCCACCACAGCACCAGCACCAGCGGCAUUCACAACGAGAACGGCAACGGUAAUGGCAAUGGAAAUCAUCACCUGCCCCAGUCCCACCAGCAGCACCAGCAGUUGGCAUCUCCGCCGCUCACACAUCCGUCGAAUCCGACCCCUCUGACGGAGAGCGGGAGACGUCGUCGGCACCGCGACAAGGAGCGCGUCCGCGUCACCCGCGCCUGCGACAGGUGCAAGAAGCGCAAGAUCCGCUGCACGGGCAUCCAGCCCUGCGAGUUGUGCAUCCGCACCGAGUCCCACUGCACCUACAACGCGUCUUAUGCACGUGGUCGCCAGCCGCCCGUGGCCACUCGGGAGGAUGUCGCCCGCAUGGAUCUCGAUGGCCUCGACGUCUCCGUAUCGGAUCAUCCCAGCGCUGGUGGUGGUGGUGGUGGUGGUGGUGAAGAUGUGCUGAUGGGCUCCUCCAUUGUCGUGGACGUCUCUGACCCCGGUGAUGUUGACCAUCAGGACGAGACCAUUAUGAACGGCAGAAAUCUGGCCGUUAUUGGCGGCGUCGACCCCGGCACCGCUGAGCCUCCCUCCCGGGCAUCUCCUGAGCCUACUCAGACGGAUCUCCAAGGCCAUUAUGUCGGUCCCUCGUCUGGUGUCUCUUUCUUGUUGAGGGUUCAGAAGCGUCUGCACCAAGCUGUCUCCUUCUCACAAGCAUCCUCCAUCUUCACCUUUGGCGAUGCGCCACUCCCGGACUUUGACCCCAGCGGCGCCUUUUGCGUCCUACCAUCCAAGGAAGAGGCCACGACUCUCUUGAACAGAUAUUUUGAGUUCGCCGUGCCAACCCACAGAUUUCUGCACCGCCCCACUCUCGAAGGUUGGCUGAAAGAGUUCUACGACACCAUGGGUGUCAUGAAGAGCCGGGAGGACGCCCCGGCCCAGAGAGCCCUACUAUUCAUGGUGUUUGCUCAGGCGCAGGAGUACAUGGGCACCACACACCCGCGUGAGAACGCAGACGCAAGUGCCCGAUACUUCUUGGCUGCAGAUCACCAGCUUUCCAAAGAGAGAGGCGCCGUACGCCUGGCCAGCGUCCAGGCCCGGCUAUGCCAAUGUUUUUGGCUCUUGUCCCAGUCUCGCAUUAACCACUGCUGGAGCUUAUUCGGCACGGUAGGGCACCUCGCCCUUGCCAUUGGUCUGAACCGUAAUAGGCAUGCGGACCCGGCUGGGGGAUACAACUACAUUGAGCUCGAGUGUCGCCGUCGCACGUUUUGGUGCGCUUACAGCCUCGAUAACUAUCUCAGCGCCGCACUUGGACGUCCACGAACGUUUCAUGAUGAAGACAUUGAUCAGGAACUACCUUCGUGUUCAGAAGACGCGGAUCUCCAUGCAGACCACAUCACACCCCGCAUGGGACGGGGCCAGUCACUUAUGCUGGCUCCGGUGGCUCAUGUCAAGCUCUCGCGAAUAGUCAGCAUGAUCUUGCGGGAUCUCUACUCUAUACGCCCGUCAUCAUUCUCAAAUCGAUGUGCUCUGGCGGCUAAAUACUCCCAAAAUCUAAAACACUGGAGAGCCGAAAUGUCGCAAUUCUUGGAUGACGGCGUCAAUACGGCAUUGCUCAUCCCCAUCUUCCAGCGGCAACGCAACGUGUUGGACUUGGCGUACUGGCAUGCCACGAUUCUCACGCACCGGCCCUUCCUGCUCAGUAACUUUGCCCGGUUACAACGAAACGGCAAAAGCCGCCGGAAGGGUGUCCCUCACAAGGACCAAACCGAAGAGAGCGUAAACGCCUGUUUAGACGCUGCCAUGCACGUCGUCGACACCGUCAAUGAUCUUAUACAAGCAGGGCAGCUCUUCCGUGCGUUUUGGUUCACUUCCUAUUUUGCCUUCUCGGCUGUAGUUAUUCUCUAUGUAUAUACAAUCCAGCAACGGACAGCCCCGACCGAGGCAUGGCAAGCCUACUUCGACGCGGCUUAUCGCUGCCAGGCGCAACUGGCCUCGCUCGCUGAUAACGAGUCAACGCUGGCGGCACGAUACUGUCUCGUCCUCGAAGAGCUCAGGACCGAGGCCCUCCGGCAGACGAAGCGGCACCAGAGCCCGGCCGUAACCCACCAGAAUGGACAGAAUGGCGGAGCAGUCUCCCGCGCCGCUCUCGUCGUUGCAGGGAGUGAAGAUUCUCAGCCCCAGCAUGAGCAGGAUCAUUUAGGAGCCCUCAAUUUCCCCGAUGUGGGACACGCGGAUGAGUUUGUUGGUUUUGACGCGAGCCCGAGCAGUUCUCUGGCCGAUAUGACGAGCUGGGGCCAGUUUGACUCCAUGGUUACUUCUGGAUUCGGAGGACUCGAGGCUUUGCUCAAUGACGACUCUCUACGAUUCUAA